GGACCAAGACCACGUUUCACGGCUCAGACUCCACUGAUGAGUGUGCAAUGAUGGCUGAGCCGGUGGCGCCCCUGGUGGCCGGCAGAGGUACCGGGGAGCCAGCAGGAGAGUCGCUGCGUUGAGUCAGUUCGCCGUAGCUCUGCCGACUGGAGGGAUGUGACCCCGGAACAGGACGCCCUCCUACAACAACACACCAUUCAAACAGAGCACAGAAGAAAGUAAACCUGGACCAGGAGGGAGCCACAGGAGCAGGGGGGAUGAACCGCGAGGAGGCCCCGGGAAAGUCUCCUGAAGACAUGUACAUCCAACAGAAAGUGCGGGUCCUGCUCAUGCUCAAGAAAAUGGGAUCAAAUCUUACGCCGAGUGAAGAGGCUUUUCUCCGAAAUUACGCAGGUGUGGUCCACAGUCAGAUGAGCCAGCUACCGCAGCACAACAUAGACCAGGGUGCAGAGGAUGUGGUGAUGGCGUUCUCACGGUCAGAGACGGAGGAUCGACGACAGUGACCCUGGCUCCCGCGCCCCUCGUCCCACCCACCUCACCCCCAAUCCCUCCCUGCACGUGAUCCACACCACCUUUAAUCUCCACAAACACGACCCCUGCUGAGCUCAGGAGAGGAGGUGAAGGGAGGAUGCCUGAGAGGGACAGAAGAGGACGGGAAGAGACGGGGCGGGGGCUGCCUCACCCUCCACCCGGCCUUUUCCACCCCUCGACUCCUCCUCGUACAAGUCGGCGCACCAUUACCUGAGAUGCACUCAAGUGUGGGUCACUGCGGGCUGAAGCUUUGGCACCAAGGCAGUCAGUGAAAACACUCAGAUCGUGUGGAUGAUUAUCAUUGGGUUUUUUGUUUUUUUUAGGAGGGUUUGGAUGUGUAUCGUUCUGUUUGUAUUGGGACUUCUUCUUUUUUUUAGCAGUGUUACAUGUUGUAUCUGCUGUCGCUGGUAGAAUUGACCAGCGGGCUGACCGAAGCAAAGAGAAUUAUAGUUUUGGUCAAGCAGCGAGAGCGAUGAUUGAUGAGUGUUAGAGGAGAGAUUUUGAUUAUUUCUGCUUACCCCGCUGGGCUGAAGUUGUUUUUGGUUUGGCUGUUGUGUUAUAAAGGCUUUCAUUUGCUUUCCACCAGGGGCCUCAUUUAUAAACAUGAAAAAUGCAAAAUGCUCUCCCCUACAGAUACAGAUGUUAACUCGACCCUGGAAAUGCAGUAAAAUACAUUGAACCCCAUCAACAGGACAAAAAAAAGACAUAUAUUAUUUUGUAGUUCUGCGGAGACGUAAACAUUCCCAUUAGUGGAGUUUCCGUGUAAUUUGGUAAACAUCCAUCCAUCCUGCCACUUAUCCACGUCCAGCUCAAAGGGAAGGCACUCUGUGCUUCGAUGCUCAAACCUCCCUCCCCCAUAGCAGCUGCCUCCAACUCUCCUACAGGGACAC